AUUGGUUUGGAUGGCAAACAUGGACAGAAUGGCCCUAAGGGUGACAUGGGUCAGCGUGGUCCUAAAGGACUCCCCGGGGAACUGGGACCUCAAGGAGAAAAGGGUGUCUGUGGUGACUACACACAUCGGAAGCGACGUAUUGUACAGCCCUGUGUUGGACAUUUGGCCACAGUUAAGAAUGGACCUUCAGUCUCAAGCUUCCUAACUGCCUUCCUAACUGCUUGCCAUGCAUCUCAGCUAACCUUACGCUGUGCACCCCCCCGGCUGCAGGAUUUGCAGUGUAAUGGUGAGCCAGGAGCGCAGGGCCCCCCUGGACCUCCUGGGCUUCCAGGUAACCCAGGUCUGAAUGGAGCCAGUGGCCCGCCAGGUAAGCCAGGAGAACCAGGAAAACCAGGAAAAGACCCAAGGCUUUUAACAGGAUUAAAGGGUGAGCCAGGUACGCCGGGGCAGAAGGGUGAUCGAGGAGAUAUUGGCCCCUCAGGUGCUGAAGGCCCAAAGGGUGGCCAAGGAAACAAGGUAAGAUUAUGUUGUUAUUCAGAUCAUUGUUCAGCAUGUUUUCUAUACUACAACAAUUUAUUUAUUUCAAAACAUGCCUAACAAAGUUACAUUGAAGUGUGUCACUUGCACGAUUAAACACGUUGGGAAAGGAUUGGAAAGAAGCAGAGUUUAUUUGAUCUGAUUCCUAGCCCUUGUCCAGGUCUCAGCAAUUACUGAUAGUUUGUCCACUUUCUGUGUCCUACCAGG